ACCAGCUUUUUAUCCUGGGCUAAUGAAACAGAAUCCGAGAGGGAUCUACCUGUCUGGUAAUUGAACUUGUGAAGAAAAAAGCCCAGGAGUCUUGAAGUGAAGGUGGCUUUUGUGGGGACUGUAACCUUAUGGAGACUGUGCGAUAGGGCUCUUCAUCAUCCACUCUCUACUGUGUUUAACUUUUUUACAGGGGGGAAAAAAAGAGGAAAUGUGCUGACAGAAAUUGCCCAGCAGAAGCAGCUUCAAAGAAGCUGGUGAAGAUGGAGAACAGCACAGGGGAUGAACAGAACCAAACAGGGCUGCUGCCAAGCCAAGAGGUGAUCAGUUUUGACUACAAAGUAGUUACCAUUCUCUUGGUUCUCCUCAUCUGUGGACUGGGCAUAGUGGGCAAUAUCAUGGUGGUGCUGGUGGUCCUCAGGACCAAAUACAUGAGGACUCCCACUAACUGCUACCUGGUGAGUCUGGCUGUGGCUGAUCUCACGGUGCUGGUGGCUGCAGGACUUCCCAACAUCACCGAGAGCCUGUAUGGAUCCUGGGUCUAUGGCUACGUGGGAUGUCUCUGCAUUACGUAUCUCCAAUACCUAGGCAUCAAUGCUUCUUCUUGUUCCAUCACCGCUUUCACUGUUGAGAGAUAUAUUGCCAUCUGCCACCCAAUCAAAGCCCAAUUCAUAUGUACUUUCUCAAGAGCCAAAAAGAUCAUUAUUUUUGUCUGGGCUUUCACCUCCAUAUAUUGUACCCUCUGGUUUUUCCUGCUAGAUCUCAACACAGUAGUCUACAAAGAUACCAUCAUUGUUUCUUGUGGCUACAAGGUGUCCAGGAGCUACUACUCCCCUAUAUAUAUGAUGGACUUUGGUAUAUUUUAUGUUGUGCCAAUGAUAUUGGCCACUGUCCUCUAUGGACUGAUUGCCAGAAUAUUGUUCCUGAAUCCCAUCCCUUCAGAUCCAAAAGAAAACCCUAAGACACGGAGAAACAACUCGACUCACCAAAACAAGACUAUGAAUUCCAGGAUGACUAAGAGGGGUUUCAGUAGCACUAUUGCUUCUAGAAGGCAGGUUACCAAGAUGCUGGCUGUGGUUGUGAUCCUGUUUGCAUUUUUAUGGAUGCCCUAUAGGACACUGGUUGUUGUAAACUCCUUUCUCUCCAACCCUUUCCAAGAAAAUUGGUUCCUAUUAUUUUGUAGAAUCUGCAUUUAUCUAAACAGUGCCAUCAACCCCAUAAUUUACAAUCUCAUGUCCCAGAAAUUCAGAGCAUCCUUCAAGAAACUCUGCAAUUGCCAGCAGAAGCAGUCAGAGAAACCUGCCAGUUACAGUGUGGCCCUAAACUACAGUGUCAUCAAGGAGUCUGAUCACUUCAGCACUGAACUAGAAGACAUUACUGUCACCAAUACCUAUCUGUCCUCAACAAAAGUGUCCUUUGAUGAUACCUGUUUAUCCUCUGAGGUAACAUUUAACAGAAAUUAAUACAUUGUGUAUAUUUAGUAUAUAAGGAACCAGAUCACAAAAACCUUCAUCUGGUGCAAAUCAGCACAACUCCAUUUACUUCAAUGGAGCUAUGCUAAUUUAUUCCAGCUGAGGA